AUGGAGACCGAUCUCACUCCUCGCGACACUGGGCAAGAUCCUGGAAUCGGUGGUGGCAGAAAGGAUCUUACACGCCGUGGAGACCCACGGCCUGCUUCCGACCAGCCACUUCGGGGCCGAAAGCAGCGGUCCGCGGAGCAGGCACUCCUGCUCUUGCAAGAGCAGAUCUAUACGGCGUGGCGCGGUCGACGGGUGUUGUGCUUGGUCAGCUUCGAUGUCAAAGGGGCCUACAAUGGGAGGAUGAAGGCGCGGGGGAUACCAGAAACGCUGCUCCGGUGGACCGAAGCGUUCUGCUCGGAACGAACAGCGACCAUCCAGAUCAAUGGGCAGGAGUCUGAGAUUCAAAUCCUUCCACAGGCUGGGUUGCCUCAGGGCUCACCCCUGUCCCCGAUCCUAUUUCUCUUCUUCAACGCAGACCUCGUGCAGAGACAGAUCGACAGCCAGGGAGGAGCAAUUGCUUUCGUGGAUGAUUUUACCGCAUGGGUGACCGGGCCAACCGCUCGAAGCAACCGAGAAGGAAUUGAGGCGAUAAUCACGCACGCACUGAAAUGGGAAAGCAGGAGCGGGGCGACUUUUGAGGCGGAGAAAACAGCUAUUAUACACUUCGCCCCUAAGACCUACAAACUGGAACAGGAGCCCUUUAUCAUCAAAGGGCAAAGCGUUGAGCCCAAAGAGAAGGUCAAGAUCCUGGGGGUUCUGAUGGACACGAGACUAAAGUACAAAGAGCAUAUCGCGAGAGCAGCGUCCAAGGGUCUGGAGGCAGCAAUGGAGCUCCGACGACUCCGAGGUCUAUCCCCAGCGACAGCACGGCAGUUGUUCUCAUCGACGGUGGCCCCAGUAGUUGAUUAUGCCUCGAACGUCUGGAUGCACGCUUUCAAGAAUCAGAACAUGGGACCGAUCAAUCGAGUCCAAAGGGUAGGAGCACAAGCAAUCGUGGGGACCUUCCUCACAGUUGCGACCGGCGUGGCUGAGGCCGAGGCGGGCCGUGAAGAUGUGGACAGACAUACACACGCUACCGGAAACCAAUCCUCUUCGCAGAAAUACAGACCGGAUCAGGAAGUUCAGGAGAUACCACCGCUCACCACUAUACCAAGUAGCGGACGCGAUGAAAAACAUCGAGAUGGAAUCGCUGGAAACCAUCAAUCCGUUUACGCUGGCACCAUGGGAAGCACGCAUGCAAACUGA